AUGAUGAGGAGAGGCGGCCAGGGCGUGAUGCGGAUCGGGGGUAGUUCUCCGGCGCGGUCUUCCGGGCGCUGCUGCGCGCGGGGCCCACGUGCGUGCUCGGUGUCCGGGCCCCGGGCGUGCUGGCCGUCGGCGUGCUGCGCGCGGCGCCCGGGCGUGCUGGCGGCGGGGUCCCCGGGCGUGCUGGCGGCGGGCCCCGGCGUGCUGGCGGCGCGGGGCCCCGGGCGUGCUGGCGGCGGCGGGGCCCUGGGCGUGCUCGCGGCGCGGGGCCCCGGGCUUGCUGGCGGCGCGGGGCCCCGGGCGUGCUCGCGGCGCGGGCCCCCCGGAGUUGAUAGAGGCCAAGCGGCAGUGAUAGAGGGACAGAUUGCAUUAAUUGUCAAUUUGAGUUUAUCCUUUCAGUCAAAGCUGGAACUGGGGAACCAACCAGCAAUGGUCUGCAGGGGAAAUAACCCCCCCCCCACCCCCCACCACCCAAAUGAUCCAGAACCUUCUUUGAAGUCACAACUGGCACAAUAUUACCCUCACAAAGAGAGACAAAGAAAAUACACUCUCACACUCACACACAGCUUUGUUUUUGAGAAUUUCCUGGACUUUGUGGGGAGUAUUCUAUUUUCCCUAACCCCUAAACCUAACCCUAACCCUUAACCUAACUCCUAACCAUAACCCUAAACCUAACCCUUAAGGCUAAAAUAGAAUUUUAACAAAUUCAGGACAUGAAACAAGUCCUGACUUUUAAACAACAACAACAACAACAAAUCCUACUUUGUCAGGACAUUCUGGUCCUGAAAAGGUAGGAAAAACAUGUACAUAUAUACACGCACACACACACACACACACACACACACACACACACACACACACACACACACACACACACACACACACACACACACACACACACACACACACCAUGGACAUUUACAAAACAACAUAAACACAUACAGUACACCCCAAGGUACACACACACACACAAGGGCUCCCCCCCAUAUCUGCAAGGAGCUGAUGACAUUGCAUGAAAGCCCUCCUCCAGCUAUCAAAGUAUUACAGUGUGUUUACAGCAGUGAUGUGGAGAGGAUUGGUCCUAGCUUCCUGUUGUUGUUCUGCUGUAAGGCUGACUGACACUAGGGCUACGGCCCAAGUAGUGCACUAGGGAAUAAGAUGCCUUUUGGGACACAGCCUCACUCUGUGCCUGUGGGAAGACUGGGAUCCAUUUUCAUCCCCAGCUAGCUCUCCCAGCUGACCCCAUGUGGCCCACACAGGAAGAGCUAAAGGUUACUACUCUGUAAUACAACGUACUAUACCCUCCAGAGGAAGGGAGGGAGGGGUAGAGGAGAGUGGGAGGGAAGGAGAGAGGGAGAGAGGGGGGAUAGAUGAGAGAGUGAUUGUGGUUUGAGUCCGCUCCCUAGAGUCUGAGCCUGAGGCUUCUAAACCAGGGUUAUCGAUCAGUCGAAUCGUUGAUGUAAUCUCUUUUCUUCUCUCUACUUCCUCUCUUUUUUCCCCCCUUUUUUUUUUUUUUGUCCAAUAGCUUGUCUUCCCUCGUUUAUUGGAAAGGCUUCCUGUCUUGCCUUUGGGACUUUAUGGUGUUGGCUAUUAAACCCUGGACACACAAGUGUGUCUCUCUCACCCCCGAGCUCCUGAAUAUGUGAAAAGGGUCAACCACAUACAAGGACAGGCCAAUUUAAAGAGGGUGGAAGUGGUGAAGAAAAACAGGGCUGGGCGGUAAACCGUAUUUUACUAUAUACUGGUAUUAAUGCAUGGACCGGUUUGGAUUUUUACUUUACCUUACAUAACGGUAUUUCAAUGUCUGGUUUGUUAAAUGUAAUAUAAAUGUAAUAACUGAUUGAUUAUACUCAGGAAAUUAUGGCAGUCGUCCAUUCUUACCACCAGUAAGAGAAUGUAAACAGUUGAGAACUGCUCAUAUGCUAGCAAGAGCUUCAGGUUCCCACAUGUACUUUUUUGCCAUGAAUCUUGCCUGUGAGGAAGUGCCCUAGAAAUCAGCACAAUGUGGCGAAAGUAAGAACUGCCAUUGAAUCCAUUGAAAAUAAAUGGUCAUAGAGGAGAAUAAUUAUUCUGAUAAAGGAAAAGUUACUUUUUCACAAAAUAGAGGCAUACAAACACCAAAAAAAAUGUGGUACACUGUGGAAAUUAUAACAAAUGAGUGAAGGAAAUGCAGAAAUUACUGAAAAUGCUGUAAAAUAUUUUUUCUAUUUGUUUAUUUUACAAUCAAAAGAGAGAAGGUCCCAUUAAAACCACUUAGAAUGACCUUAGGGCAAUGCACUACUCAAGCAUAUUUAGAACUUGUAUUAUUCAAAAACAUAAAAUACAGUCAAAUACCGUCAUACCGUCAAAAAUGAGAAAAUAUUGUGAUAUGAUAUGUUGGCCAUAUUGCCCAGCGCUAAAGGAAAAUGCCAAGACACUCUCUCUCUCUCUCUCUCUCUCUCUCUCUCUCUCUCUCUCUCUCUCUCUCUCUCUCUCUCUCUCUCUGCAGAGAAUGAAGGACUUAUUUUAUUAUUUUUCUUUUCUUUUCUUUUCUGUGAUAGCCGACAUAAUUUGACGCUCCAAUCAAACACGAGAACGGAAUGUGCUCUGUAUUCUGCGGGUCAGAGUAUAUUCAGUGUGUGUGUGUGUGUGUGUGUGUGUGUGUUAUGUCAGUGUUUUGUAACGAGAUGUAUUGAAUAGGUACAGCUGACGCAGGCAAUGUCGAAGUCCUGAAUUCUUCAGCUAUCUUUUUUGUAUCCAGCUCCUGUUAAUGUUGGUAUGUACACACUAAAAAAUAAUGGUUCUAAAUAGUACCAGAAAGGGGUUCUUUGGCUUGUAAUCUUAGCAGAACCCUUUUUUGUGCUAUAUACUGUAGAACCCUUUUUUGAAGUUUCAAUAAAGAACCAUGCUCAUAAAGUUCUAAAUGGAACCUGUAUGGUGCUAUAAAUAAACCUUUCCUAAGGCUCUAUAAAGAACCAUUAAAAAAGGUUCUAUAUAUAGCACAAGAAAAAAGGUAGCGCUAUGGUUACAACCCUUUUUGGGGCUAUAUAGAACCCUUUUUAAUGUUUUUUUAUAGAACCUUUAUGGAGAAUGGUUCUAUAAAGAACCUUUACAGAACCAUUUCUCAAUCUGAAAGGUUCUUUGUAGAUCCUAUUGAAGAACAAUACGUUUUUUUUUAUUCUGGUAAGCCAUAUUAUAUUGUUAAAAUUCCAUAGGUGUUAUUACUGUGUUAAUUGACAAGGUGAAUCAAGUGGACUACCUCUGGAACAGCUGGGAGUCCCUGAGGAGAGAAUUGAGAACCACUAACUGAUUUAGACAACCGUUCUCAAGUAACACAAGGCUAUACAUGAGUCUUUCACAAGACACCGUCACUGGCCAUACUUAUAAUAUGGAAUGGCAUAACACAACACAUUAGAUAAACUGGAAUGACACUCUAACUCACGGUUGCACAAAAAGAGCUGUAUAUUCGAAUGAGCCGCCACCCCCAUUUUAAUUAUCACUAAAAGAGCAAAGAACCCUUUUGAGUGAACUGUAAAGAACCAUUGAAGAGCUCAAAAGGUUAUUUGAGUAAUUAUUGUUCCACAUAGAACCAUCACCCUUCCCAAAGAACCCUUGAGGAACUAUCAUUUUUUUAGUGUGUAACACUAUCUUUGUAUUGGUAGUUUUGUCCUCAAGUGACUCUCAGGCCUCUGUUCCUUUGAGUAGCACUCGGGAGGAAGGAUGGAUUCAUGAGAGAAAUAUUGUUUCUGUGGCCUUUCAACCUCUGACCUCAGGGAUUUGUCAUUGUUCAGUGGUGAUGGAGAGACUCUUAAUGGGAAGGGGAAACAAGAAACACUUUCGCCCCAGCAAACAAGCACCAGCAUACACACACACACACACGCACACAGACUCUCUCUAUCACACACACAUCUGCUGUCUCACUACUGCCCCAGAGAAAACACAAGAAAGCUGAGCUCUGAAGUGCUGUCACACACACACACCACGCACACACACCCCUGGGAUGGACAAGGCUUUAUGAGUUAGGUGAUGCCAGGUAAGAGAGUCUGCAGGGAGACUCUGGAGUUCUGCUGGAGUUUGAUCUCUUAUAUCUCUUUCAUACCAAGACGAAAACCCGCCAACUUAACCAUGCCAUUUUCUUUUUUGAAGCCGGUACUUCAAUUUCCGCCAAGGGAGGUAGACAUGAUUGCGGUAUUAAAUGGUAGAAAAUAUGCCAACUUUUUAUUUAUCAUAACAGGAAAAUUACAAGGUAAUAGUUUUUUUUACAAGUAUGACGCGCUAAAAAUAGCUAACAGUAAGUUGUGAAUGUGAAGAAAUGAUAGCAGUGCAUUCUGUCUGAGUUUGAUCUCUUAUCUCUUUCAUACCAAGACGAAAACCCGCCAACUUAACCAUGCCAUUUUCUUUUUUGAAGCCGGUACUUCAAUUUCCGCCAAGGGAGGUAGACAUGAUUGCGGUAUUAAAUGGUAGAAAAUAUGCCAGGGGGGAAAAGUUUGUGCAACAAUGCGCAAAUGUCUGCAUACUUGAUCUGGGGAAACACUGGGGAAGUGCUUGGGCUCUAGUCGAAGAGUGAAGUUUGUCCGGCUCAGUAAAGCCUCAAACAUAAAUUGCAACAGUGAAAUGGGAUACUUCUAUGUGAAUUAAUGAGGAGACAGAACACACCUCAAUUCAAACUGUUGUUAGAAAAUAAAACUUGUAAGAAAAUAUUUUUAAAUUAACAAGUUGAAACAUAGCCUAUAGAUAAUUAGCAGGCAGCGUGUCUUGGUUUGAGGGCAGUGCGGGUUAACUGUCCUGUUGCGUAACGAUCACAUUUUGGAACAGUGAGUACAUUCUGAUAUCACGCGCAUAAAAAAACUCACGCUGGGGUGACCGUUAGAGAUAUUUGGAACUCACAUGUGAAAAGGUUAAAUCAUGAACAUUCUAUUGUUGUCCGACAUCAAACUUGUCCUUGUAGUUAUGAAAAAGUAUAAACACAAAAACGGCAGUCUGCAUGACAUCGCAGCUUCCUGGCCAAAUAGCAACUUUACCUGAUAUUUUUUUCCAAAUCUAAUUAGGACAUGUAAAUUAACCAAAAGGCAACUAAAAGCAACUUUCUAGACAAUGGUUUGGUUCAUUGCAAGCUAUCUAGCUGGAUAGCCAGCUCAUAAUUACCAGAACAUAUCUGACAAUGUUUUGAGUUUAACUGUAGCCAACUUUUUAUUUAUCAUAACAGGAAAAUUACAAGGUAAUAGUUUUUUUUACAAGUAUGACGCGCUAAAAAUAGCUAACAGUAAGUUGUGAAUGUGAAGAAAUGAUAGCAGUGCAUUCUGUCUGAGAAAUGUAGAACUUAAUCAAUGCUGGGAUAGUCAGGUUACCAUGACAAUGGUCACAAAAACAGGGUCAAAGUUGAAUGUCUCUUGCUCCCAGCCCUCCCCGUUGCCGGCUAAGCACUGGAUGUAUAAAUGACAAAUGACAACAAGAAAGAGGUAAAAAUGGGACUGUUUGAAAGGGGAUCAUAUCAACUUUAUUUAUUUAUUUACAGGCAACACACCGUGAAUCCUUUGUAAAUUAGGUAAUAGACUUCUUCUCACCUCUUUCCCUGUCCUCCCUCCCGCCUCUCCUCCAUUUAUUAACUCUGAUCUGUUGAGCUGCACUUUCUUCUCUGGCUCACUCAUCUCCUUCCCCCCCCCCCCUCUCUCUCUCUCUCUCUCUCUCCUCCCCCUCCCUCUUCACUCCCUCCUUCCUGUCUCCCUCCUGUCUCUCUGUAUGGGAGGUGGUGGUGGUAGUGAGGUAUAGUCUGGGUGAUGGGAUGUGACAGUAAUAUAGAAAGUGUCCCGCUUUUCCUCAUUAGCACUGAAGCGAGGGAGGAGGGGGGCGGGCCGGAGGAGAGAGCGAACGAGGGAGGAGUGGUGGAGAGAGAGGGGGGAGGGGGGGUUGGAGCUCUUUUUAGGACCUUGUCUCAGAGUAUUAGAGAGGCAGAGUGGGGUUCCUAAUAAUACUCUGUUAUGAGACUGGUCUCAGCUGGCCUUGUGAUUACACACACAUGUUCACACCCGCGUUCACACACACACACACACACACACACACACAGACUGCCCUACCAAAGGUUUCUGUAUUCCUUGAGCAUUGCUAGUCCAUUCUAAGAACAACAUGAUUUAGAUUAAUCACAGCCCUGUUGCUAAGCUAGGAUCAGACCAUAGCAUGUGUUGAACAGGUUCUGUUUUUAUCCAGCAUCCCUGUCUAACCCAGUCAGUACAUUACUGGGUGAGUAGAGGGGUCAUAGUUUGCUCCUGAGACACUGAAUCUAAGCUACAUGCCCCCCUCUCUCUCUCCCUCUUUCUUCCGUUCUCUGCACCCCCUCCCCUUUCUCAUCCCCCUCUUUCUCUUCUGCCUUUGCUUUCUCAUCUAUCUCCUCUCUAAUCGGUUAUGAAUUUGCCAGAUAAGGCGAUAAAGGGAAGAAAAAGGAAAGGGGUGGAGGGCAGACAGAGGAGGGAGGGAGAUAGAGGGGUGGAGGUUGGAGAAGAGAUCAUAAUUGGGCUGACAUUCUCCCGGGUUAAAGAAAAGAGAAGAACCCCUAGUCUAAUGGUUGGCCGGGUGGCUGCCCAUCCACGCAGGAAAGGUCAGGUAUCCUCAGGCUACCUUGUGUGUGUGUGUGAUCACUUAUCCCUGCCAAUUACCCCAGCAGCGGCUUGACCAUUGUCACACCACCCAGAGAUGUGCUGCUGCUGUGUGUUUGUGUGUGUGUGGUAAAAGUCUCUCUUUUUGCUUCACAUCGAGCUCUCUGAUUGGCUUCCUGCUGCUAGGCUUUGAUUUUCUGGGAUAACAUACUUAGAACCCUUUUCUCUUAUUUCUGUCUGACUUGCUUUCUCUCUCUUUCUCCAAAUUCUCUCUCUCUCACUCUCUCCUCUCUUUCUCCCUCUGUCUCUUCUCUGCCGCUCUCUCUUUCCUCAUCUGUUCUUUAAAGACUACGGUACCACACUGUUUCUUCUCCUCUCUCCUCUCUUUCUACAUCUGUCUCUUCUCUCCUCACCCUGCUGGCGUUCUCUGGUUAACAAGAUGUCCAGGGACUUCACGGCCCUGUCAUUUUCAGAGAGUUAUUAAGAUUUCUCGUUAUUCCCUAUGUGUGUCGCAGAUACUUGGUUACAAUUGAGUCACAAAAUGGACAUAACGGCAUAUUAGUUUGGUAAACUGCACACUGGCUGCAUAUCUAGGCUGUAUCUGAAAUGGCCCCAUAUUCCCUAUUGGCCCUGGUCAAAAGUAGUGCACUAUAUAGGAAAUAGGGUUCCAUUUCAGAGGCAGCCUGCUUCCUGCUCUCAUAGUAUCUGGUUUGAGUGAGGUUCUGGAAGUGUUUAGGAAGUGUUUGCCAGGGCCAUAUGGGAGGGACCAGGAGGGUCCAUGAUAUCUUUUCCUCUUCCCAGUUUUCCAAUUAUCCCUGGCCAUGCAGAUCCCAGCACAUUUCACAGAUCGACACACACGCUCCUCACACUAAACUGGGCUCACCACACACACACACACAUACACACACGCAAAUUCCCUCAACGAACAGCCCUGCUGCCACAGGCCAUUUAGCCAUCACCCACCCACAGUCAUGUGCUAAUAGCUCUACGCUUGUCCAGUAGAAUGGUCCUGAGUUAGGUUAGUUAAUACUGAAUGGCUUUUGUUAUUGAUUUCGAUAUACAGUCGUGGUCAAAAGUUUUGAGAAUUACACAAAUACUAAUUUUCACAAAGUCUGCUGCCUCAGUUUUGAUGAUGGCAAUUUGCAUAUACUCCAGAAUGUCAUGAAGAGUGAUCAGAUGAAUUGCAAUUAAUUGCAAAGUCCCUCUUUGCCAUGAAAAUGAACUUAAUCCCCCAAAAAACAUUUCCACUGCAUUUCAGCCCUGCCACAAAAGGACCAGCUGCCAUCAUGUCAGUGAUUCUCUUGUUAACACAGGUGUGAUUGUUGACAAGGACAAGGCUGGAGAUCACUCUGUCAUGCUGAUUGAGUUAGAAUAACAGACUGGAAGCUUUAAAAGGAGGGUGGUGCUUGAAAUCAUUGUUCUUCCUCUGUUAACCCUGGUUACCUGCAAGGAAACACGUGCCAUCAUCAUUGCUUUGCACAAAAAGGGCUUCACAGGCAAGGAUAUUGCUGCUAGUAAGAUUGCACCUAAAUCAACCAUUUAUCGGAUCAUCAAGAACUUCAAGGAGAGAGGUUGAAUUGUUGUGAAGAAGGCGUCAUGGCGCCCAAGAAAGUCCAGCAAGUGCCAGGACCGUCUAUUAAAGUUGAUUCAGCUGCGGGAUCGGGGCACCACCAGUGCAGAGCUUGCUCAGGAAUGGCAGCAGGCAGGUGUGAGUGCAUCUGCACUCACAGUGAGGCGAAUACUUUUGGAGGAUGGCCUGGUGUCAAGAAGGGCAACAAAGAAGCCACUUUUCUCUAAUGAAUCCCCUUUCCGAUUGUUUGGGGCAUCCGGAAAAUACCUUGUCCGGAGAAGACAAGGUGAGCGCUACCAUCAGUCCUGUGUCAUGCCAACAGUAAAGCAUCCUGAGACCAUUCAUGUGUGGGGUUGCUUCUCAGCCAAGGGAGUGGGCUCACUCACAAUUUUGCCUAAGAACACAGCCAUGAAUAAAGAAUGGUACCAACACAUCCUCCGAGAGCAACUUCUCCCAACCAUCCAAGAACAGUUUGGUGACGACCAAUGCCUUUUCCAGCAUGAUGGAGCACCUUGCCAUAAGGCAAAAGUGAUAACUAAGUGGAUCGGGGAACAAAACAUCGACAUUUUGGGUCCAUGGCCAGGAAACUCCCCAGACCUUAAUCCCAUUUGAGAACUUGUGGUUGAUCCUCAAGAGGCGGGUGGACAAACAAAACCCCACAAAUUCUGACAAAGCAUUGAUUAUGCAAGAAUGGGCUGCCAUCAGUCAGGAUGUGGCCCAGAAGUUAAUUGACAGCAUGCCAGGGCGGAUUGCAGAGGUCUUGAAAAAGAAGGGUCAACACUGCAAAUAUUGACUCUUUGCAUAAACUUAAUGUAAUUGUCAAUAAAAGCCUUUGACACAUAUGGAAUGCUUGUAAUUAUACUUCAGUAUACCAUAGUAACAUCUGACAAAAAUAUCUCAUAACACUGAAACAGCGAACUUUGUGAAGACCAAUACUUGUGUCAUUCUCAAAACUUUUGACCACGACUGUACAGUUGAAGUCGGAAGUUUACAUACACCUUAGCCAAAUACAUUUAAACUCAGUUUUUCACAAUUCCUGACAUUUAAUCCUAGUAAAAAUUCCAUGUUUUAGGUCAGUUAGAGGAUCACCACUUUAUUUGAAGAAUGUGAAAUGUCAGAAUAAUAGUAGACAUAAUUAUUUAUUUCAGCUUUUAUUUCUUUCAUCACAUUCCCAGUUGGUCAGAAGUUUACAUACACUCAAUUAGUAUUUGGUAGCAUUGCCUUUAAAUUGUUUAACUUGGGUCAAAUGUUUCGGGUAGCCUUCCACAAGCUAUCCACAAUAAGUUGGGUGAAUUUUGGCCCAUCCUCCUGACAGAGCUGGUGUAACUGAGUCAGGUUUGUAGGCCUCCAUGCUCGCACACGCUUUUUCAGUUCUGCCCACACAUUUUCUAUAGGAUUGAGGUCAGGGCUUUGUGAUGGCCACUCCAAUACCUUGACUUUGUUGUCCUUAAGCCAUUUUGCCACAACUUUGGAAGUAUGCUUGGAGUCAUUGUCCAUUUGGAAGACCCUUUUGCGACCAAGCUUUAACUUCCUGACUGAUGUCUUGAGAUGUUGCUUCAAUAUAUCCACAUAAUUUUCUUUCCUCAUGUUGCCAUCUAUUUUGUGAAGUGCACCAGUCCCUCCUGCAGCAAAGCACCCUCACAGCAUGAUGCUGCCACCCCCGUGCUUCACGGUUGAGAUGGUGUUCUUCGGCUUGCAAGCAGCCCCCUUUCUCCUCCAAAGAUAAUGUUUCAUCAGACCAGAGGACAUUUCUCCAAAAAGUACGAUCUUUGUCCUCAUGUGCAGUUGCAAACCGUACUCUGGCUUUUUUAUAGCGGUUUUGGAGCAGUGGCUUCUUCCUUGCUGAGCGGCCUUUCAGGUUAUGUCAAUAUAGGACUCGUUUUACUGUGUAUAUAUAUAGUUUUGUACCUGUUUCCUCCAGCAUCUUCACAAGUUCCUUUGCUGUUGUUCUGGGAUUGAUUUGCACUUUUCGCACCAAAGUACGUUCAUCUCUAGGAGACAGAACGCAUUUCCUUCCUGAGCGGUAUGACGGCUGCGUGGUCCCAUGGUGUUUAUUAUUGCGUACUAUUGUUUGUACAGAUGACCGUGGUACCUUCAGGCGUUUGGAAAUUGCUCCCAAGGAUGAACCAGACUUGUGGAGGUCUACAAUAUUUUUUUCUGAGGUCUUGGCUGAUUUCUUUUGAUUUUCCCAUGAUGUCAAGCAAAGAGGCACUGAGUUUGAAGGUAGUCCUUGAAAUACAUCCACAGGUACACCUCCAAUUGACUCAAAUGAUGUCAAUUAGCCUAUCAGAAGCUUCUAAAGCCAUUAAAUCAUUUUCUGGAAUUUUCCAAGCUGUUUAAAGGCACAGUCAACUUAGUGUUUGUAAACUUCUGACCCACUGGAAUUGUGAUACAGUGAAUUAUAAGUGAAAUAAUCUGUCUGUAAACAAUUGUUGGAAAAAUUACUUGUGUCAUGCACAAAGUAGAUGUCCUAACCGACUUGCCAAAACUAUAGUUUGUUAACAAGACAUUUGUGGUGUGGUUGAAAAAUGAGUUUUAAUGACUCCAACCUAAGUGUAUGUAAACUUCCGACUUCAACUGUACAUCUCCAUAUUGCCAUUACUGUGUGGGUGUGUGUGUGGGUGGGUGUUGUGGUACGUUCUAGAUAAUACAGACUCCUCCAUGCCCGUGUCAGAGGAAUGAGACAAACCAUUAUCACAGUGUGAGCCGUAAUCACACCGCUAUGGGCUGAGCUUGGCACUGUGACAUACACACACAGUCUCACUUUCUCACUCGACUGCUAAUAGGUAUAGAAAUGGACCGGAAAAAAUACAUUUUUUCUUUGUCAGUUUUAUUUAUUUAUCACCAUGUGAAAUAAAACAUAGGGCCAUGGCGCCCUAGCAACAGCCUAAGCAGAGAGCUCCUGUACAUUAUGUAAAUAUUUUUGUAAUUAAUUCCUUUUUAUGGCAUUUUUUACCUACAAUCUUUUUGUUUUAAGAAUGUGUGGUAACCUGAGUGAUGGGUUAGUUCUGUAUGCAGUUGCCGAUGCGGCCGUAAGGGACUCAACGCUGUAAAACAGGAAAUAAAGCAGUUCAGAUUUACUUUGAGAAGGAGUCCAUGUGCAUUGUAUGAUUUUUAAGUAAUUAAUUUGCAUUUACAGACCUCUACAUGCUUUGUAAGUAGGAAAACCUGCAAAAUCGGCAGUGUAUCAAAUACUUGUUCUCCCCACUGUACGUUUGUUUCAUCACAAAACCGGAAAGCAACAUCUGUCCGGUGAAGUCCACAAAGCAAAUAUUGCAAGUAACAAACCGUUAUAUGACCUACAGCAUGGUGAAACAAGUUAAUGUUUUCAACAGUUUACUAAACAACUACUGAUUUAAAACCAUGUAGUUACCACAAGUCAGCUCUGCUAUUCCAGCACCAUUUCAACUUAAACAUUUAAACGUAAUCGAAUCAAUAAGGCUAAAUAUAUACUUAGUUUAAUACACUGAAAACAAACUUAAAGAUACCCAAAACAGCUGAGCUCAGCUCAACACUGAUUAUUUUGUAAUUGUUUUAUCAAGGGAGGCCAAACGCUUGCUGGCAUCAAUCAAUCAAUUGACGGAAAAUUAUGAAAACACAGAGAGAGGAAAGUUUAAAUGUAUUAUUAUUAUUUAUUUAUUUAUUUUAUUGGUCAAAUAUUUGGGGAAGCCUGGCUUCCCUUGGCAUCCAUGAAUACACGCCACUGCAAUUAAUAUAGCUAAUUAAUAUCAUAAGAAUCCACCACAGCAUUAAGACUGAAGCUGGCAAGUCAUUUGUUUGUUUGGCUAGCUAGCUAACGUUUGCUGGCUAGCUGUUUUGAUUCGAAUGCCAGCCAGUGUCCGGAGGUCGAGGAUGGAGAGAAGCCAAAAGCAAGACGUCAGAGGUGUGCAGCGAUGAGGAUCGUAGGGAGGACAAAGUUACAAGGCUGCUCUUUAAUUAUUAUUGAAAUGUGGUGUACUUUCUGGCACAAUGUUGUGACUGCCAUAGCAUCAUCCAAUAGAGUGCUUCAUUUUGUUAGUAGUGAAGGAGUAGCUAGCUACCUACUUACUACAGAGUCCAUGGACUGCAGUGGCUUAGCUCAAACUUCAUCUGACUGAGUUCUACUACGGAAAAGCCAGAGACAGCGAAACACUCCACUUGAUGCAACUAUGACGUCAUCUGAGCGCAACGUAUUGUAAUGACCUGACUAGAUCAUAAAAGAACAACUGUCCAGACAGAGGAUUGAGUUUACGAAUGGACGGUUUAUUAAACCAACUUUACACAGGCUACUGUUUGGCCGUAGCCCACGCCAAAUAAAUGAAAGAUAACCCACAAGCCAAUCGUGACCUUCUCUUGUGAAGCCCAGACGUAAAAAGAGAGAGAACAAAGGCUAAACCUGGUCUUAACUUCCAAUGCUCCAUCCCCCUGCCCAACCCCCCUCCACGCCACUCCGCCAACCGCCAGGAUGCCCGGCAUCAGAACAUUCCAGGCAUUCCCGUGAUUGGCAGAUAGCAGGUUGAUUGACAUGUCGGACCCCGCGAACACUGGGUACUGGUAGGUACAACACAACCAUCUACUAGCCUAACACAUAACACACAGCUGUCUGUGCGGGUCGCUACACAGCCCCCCCACCACAAAGUCCCUCGUCCCCGAGGGAACAAACAAAGUCUCUGAAGCGACCCGGAGGUCUCCUUUGCCUGCGUGGCUGUGAUGGCCGCAGAGUGCCCCUCUGGGAACCAGGGGAUGAAGGCAAGGACAUGGGGGACAAGGAAGCGGGAACGGGUAAUACAGUCCGUGGCUCUGGGGAACCACGCGGUGACACAGGGGGAGUGGGCUGUCUGGAGCCUUGUCUGCGGCACCUGGGGGUGGGUGCCUGGAGAAUGUCAUUGCCAGAGAGGGGAAUUGUGGGGGUUCCUGGGGUUUGGGGAGAAGAGGCCCCUCUAUAUGGGGCUAACCUGUCCCGGUGCAGUGUCACCUUUCUCCCCCUGGGAGGAAGCUGCACCCGGUAAACAACCUCCCCUACCCUCUCCAGGACACUGCAGGGUCCCACCCAGUGACUGUCCAACUUGGGGCAUCUGCCUUUUUUUCUUAGCGGGCUGUAGACCCAGACCAGCUCCCCAGCCACAAAGUGCCUUCCCCGGGUGUGCACGUCAUAGUUCCUCUUCUGCCUCACACCUGCAUUCAGCAGCUGCUCUCUGGCGAAGGUGUGGGCUGUCUCCAGGCGGUCCUGGAGUCUCCGGGCAUACUCCGGCCCCGGGGAAACAUGAGGGCUAUCCAGGGGCCGACCAAACGCCAUCUCCGCAGGGGUACGGAUCUCUCUCCCCAGCAUGAGGAGGGCAGGCGUGCAGGAGGUGGAGUCUUGGACAGCGGAGCGGCAUGCCAUGAGGACCAUAGGCAGGUGCUUGUCCCAGUCACGCUGGUGUUUGGAAGAGACGAUGGCCAGCUGCUGUCCAAGCGUUUUGUUGAAGCGCUCCACAAGGCCAUCACUUUGAGGAUGGAGAGGAGUAGUGCGGGUCUUGUGCAUACCCAGCCUCUCACACAUGGUGGCGAACACACGGGACUCAAAGUUUCUGCCUUGGUCGCUGUGGAUGGACUCUGCAGCUCCAAACCUGCUGAACAUCCCCGCUGUCAGGGCGUCGACGAUGGUCUCUGCCUCCUGGUCAGGCAGAGCAUAGGCCUCGGGCCACUUUGUGAAAUAGUCCAUGGCCGUGAGCACCCAGCGGUUUCCACUGUCUGUGGUGGGGAACGGCCCAACUACAUCCACUCCCACCCUCUCCAUGGGAGCCCCCACUGGGAACUGUUGGAGCUGAGCAUGAGAGCGGCCUGGGGGGCCCUUUCUCGCUGUGCAGUUGUCACAGCGGCGGCAAAAGUCUUCCACAUCCCUCUUGUGCUGCCCCCAGUAAAAGCCCUGACGGAGGCGGCGCAGUGUUUUUGUGACCCCAAAGUGUCCAGUCCCCACCCCCCCAUGAGUACUCUGGAGCACAGCCUCCCGCAAUGCUUUUGGGACCACCACCUGCCACCUCUCCUCCCCCGUAGCUGACUCCUUCCAUGCCCGCUGUAACAUGCCAUCAGCCAGCCGCAGUCGCUCAAACUUUGACCACAACCCUUUGGUCGCGAGUGAGAGUGCUGUCACCUCUUCCCAUGGUGGCCUCACCUGCGCCUCUACCCACUGUAGCACUGGCUGUAGGUCUGUGUCCCGUCCCUGCUGCUGCCCCCAUUCAGCCACGUCGACAGUCUGCAGCUCACAGCAGACAGGCCCCGCUCGCCCGACACACUGUGGCACAGACCCCCUCCUCUGCACACAGCUCUCUCUCCCGUCCCUCUCUCCGUUCACAGUGGCGGCAGCCGUCUGCAGUACAGGGCCGACGGGACAUGGCGUCGGCGUUGGAGUGGCGUGCCCCUGCCCUGUGCACCACCGUGAAGUCAUACGGCUGAAGCUCCUCCAACCACCGUGCCACCUGCCCCACUGGCUCUCUGAAAGACAUGAGCCACUGGAGAGCAGAGUGGUCAGUCCUUACAGUAAAGGGAAGACCACCCAGGUAGUACUUGAAGUGUUUGACGGAAGCCACAACAGCCAAGAGCUCCCGCCGGGUGACACAGUAGCGGUGCUCAUGUUUGUCAAAUGUUUUGCUGAAGUACGCCACCGCUCUCUCCCCCUCUGGCCCCACCCUGGCCAGCACCCCACCCAUGCCCACAUUGCUCGCGUCUGUGUCCAGGAUAAAGGGCAAUGUGAGGUCAGGGGGGGCGAGCACGGGGGCCUCGAUCAGUGCACGUUUGAGGGUGUUGAACGCCUCCUCACACUCCACUGUCCAAGUGAAAGCCUUGUCCUUCGGCAGCAGGCGGUUCAGUGGAGCAGCAACGCUUGAGAAGCCCCGUACAAACCUCCUGUAGUACGAGGCCAGGCCCAGGAAGCUCUUCAGCUGACGCUGGUCAGUGGGGGUGGGCCAGUCUCUGACAGCCGCUACCUUGUCCUCCAUGGUGCUGAUCCCCUCCUUCCCCACUCGGUGGCCCAAGAAGGACACCUCUCUCCUCAUGAAGUGGCACUUCUCGGGGUGGAGCUUCAGACCUGCGGCAGCCACCCUCUCCAGCACACACCGUAGCGCCCCCAGGGCUGACUGGAAGGAGCUGCCAUGGGCCAGGAUGUCAUCGAGGUAUACCAGACACUGCUGUCCGGGGAUGCCAUCCAGCACCCUGUCCAUCAAACGCUCAAAAGUAGCUGGAGCGUUGCACAGGCCAAAGCACAGGACCUUGAACUGCCAGUGUCCUCUGUUAGUGGAGAACGCAGUUUUGGCUCUGGCCUCUGGGGAGAGGGGCACCUGCCAGUAGCCACUGCGGAGGUCUAGUGAGGAGAACCAGGAGGACCCCCUAACCAGGUCCAGCGACUCAUCGAUACGUGGUAUGGGGUAUGAGUCCUUCCUGGUUACCUCAUUCAGCCGCCUGUAGUCCGCACAGAACCUCAGCUUGCCCCCCUUCUUCGGAACCAUGACGACUGGCGCCGCCCAGGGGCUGUCUGAGGGCUCAAUGAAGUCUGCCCGCUGCAUCUCCAACACAGCCUUGUCUGCCGCCUCCUGGCGUGCCAGCGGGAUACGGCGGGGGACGCAUCUUGAUAGGUCGAGCAUCACCUGUGUCGAUCUCAUGCUGCACCAGAUGAGUCUGACCCACCUCUUCCUCACUCAGCGCAAAGCUGUCUCUGAAUUCAAACAGCAACUGCCUCAACCGUUCCUGCUGCUCGGGGUCAAGACCAACACAGUUCCUCCCCCAUAUCUCCCUCACUGCAGACAGUGUCCUCUCCCCUCCCAUCUGGGGUAGCUGGGCUGGGGGGGGCGCGGCCCGGGCUCACAGAGGACUGUGUCGUGGAGGUAGCUGGGGGAAUGUAACGCAACGCCGUAGGUGACAGGGGGGCUGGGGAAAAGUCACACCCAGAUGUGGGGGAGGGGGGGCAGCCAUGAGUCUCUGCUGCUUUAACUGUUGGAGUAAAGGGUUUGUUGGGUUGAGUGAAUGUGACAUUAGGGGCCAUGGUGACCUCCGGCCCUCCCUGGAAGCUCAGUGUGCCCCUAUUUAGGUCUAACUGGCAGCCUGUGCUCCUAAGAAAGUCCAACCCCAGGAUACAAGGGUCCUGCACAGCCGCCACCCACACAGGAUGACGCACAGUCCUGCCCCCUACUGUCAGAGUCAUUAUUCCCUUCCCUUUCAUGGGUGCCAGCUCACCUGUGACUGUGCGGAGCUGCACAGUUGUAGGCUCACACUGAGUCCAACCUGGCACAAUAUCUGGCCUCACCAGGGUUACUGUGGACCCAGUGUCCACCAGGGCGGAGCAGGGCACCCCCUCCACAGUGACAGGGACAUGACAAAAGUCCCCAACACAGGUCCGGCCCACCACAACAACAGGCUCCAUCCGCUUGCCCUCGUCUGCUUCUGGGGGAAGUGGAGCCUUGCUUCCCAGUCUGUGCCGGUGGGCUCCUCCUGAAGAAGAUGGUGGUUGGGAUAGAAAGCCAGGGGUCCGCACUACCCGGUCUAUGCGGACCCCGAGCCGUUUCCCUGAGCUCUGGGGGACAUGGGGCAAUCUCGGCGCAGAUGGCCUGGCUGGCCACAACCCCAGCAGACCCUGGGACCAGGGCGUGUGUUUCGUGCCACCUGUAGCGACACAGCACGAAUGAGUUCUGCCAUUUCAGCCACCCAUGCAGGCUUUUCCGGCUCCGGGCUGCUCUGCCCCCCAGCUCGCACAGAGGGUCUGUCUCCCUGCACCCCCACCAAAGCCCCAGCUGAAGCCCCAGCCCACACCAGCUCCCUCUCCAAAGCCAUCUCCAAGGCUACCUGCAAUGACUCAGGAUGAGCCAGCUGGGUCUGUAUGCGCAGCUCCGUAGGAGAGAGCGCCUGUAUGAACUGGUCCUGUGCUAGCUCGCUCUGCACGGAGGGGGGCAUGUGAGCAUAUGCCCGCCGAGAGAGGCUCUCAAUGUCAUUAGCUAACACCCGUAGAGGCUCUCCAGGCUGCCUGCGUCUAUUACUCAGUUCGGAGCGCAGUAGCCCGGGCUGUACACACUGUCCAUAGCGCCUCCUCAGUGCUCCCACUAAAGCACCAUAAUCACGUCUGUCCUCGGGGCUAAUCAAUAUCAAACAGGCCAGAGCUUCAUCCGUGAGGCAUAAAGCCAACUGCAGUGCCCUAUCUUCAUCCGACCACCCCCUAAAAUGAGCUAACAGUUCAAACUGAGCAUGAAAAGCUUCCCAAUCCGCCUUACCGGAAUACUUCGGGGUCUUAACGGAUACGGACGCAGCCGGGAACUGGGCGCCGCCAUGUUUGUUUACAUCCUGAGCCCCAGAUUCCUCGUCCCGCCGCGUCGACGUCACCCCUUCGGUCCGCCCACCAGAAUCCGCGCGAAACACAGUCGACGAAGCACUCAUGCCCGCUUCAGCCGCCAUCACUCUAACGUCCUCCCUCAAGCGGCCUCUGGGCUCCGAUGCCCUGGCGAUCUCCUCAGCCAGAACCCCCGACGUCCAUGCACACGCACCUCCUUGGCCAUAAUCGUCCCCUACCUCCACCUUCACUUUCGGAUUCCCUCGAAGCAUCUUCAACCCCCGUUCUCACCUACGGUAGCUAGCCACAGAAGUCAGCUAGCUAGCUGGCUAACUUUUAUCAACGUUUUUACUUCUGACACCAAUGUAAUGACCUGACUAGAUCAUAAAAGAACAACUGUCCAGACAGAGGAUUGAGUUUACGAAUGGACGGUUUAUUAAACCAACUUUACACAGGCUACUGUUUGGCCGUAGCCCACGCCAAAUAAAUGAAAGAUAACCCACAAGCCAAUCGUGACCUUCUCUUGUGAAGCCCAGACGUAAAAAGAGAGAGAACAAAGGCUAAACCUGGUCUUAACUUCCAAUGCGCCAUCCCCCUGCCCAACCCCCCUCCACGCCACUCCGCCAACCGCCAGGAUGCCCGGCAUCAGAACAUUCCAGGCAUUCCCGUGAUUGGCAGAUAGCAGGUUGAUUGACAUGUCGGACCCCGCGAACACUGGGUACUGGUAGGUACAACACAACCAUCUACUAGCCUAACACAUAACACACAGCUGUCUGUGCGGGUCGCUACAGUAUGUUGUUUGUUGUUGAACGCUGAACGCUGAAAGCUGAACGAGAGACCAGGGUUUAUUGUUUUUGUAAAGCUGACAGUGUUUUUAUAUACUUUUAUUUUAUUUUGGAUACUGCCGCUCUUCCCAGUAAAGCAUUAAAAACAAUCAAGCAACCGAGAAAAAUGCUAAAGAUAGACCAUAUUAACAUAUGCAGCCUGAGAAACAAGGUCCAUGAAGUCAAUAACUUGCUUGUAACAGAUGACAUUCAUAUUCUGACUAUCUCUGAAACUUACUUAGAUAAUACCUUUGAUGAUACAGUGGUAGCAAUACAUGGUUAUAAUAUCUACCCACAUCUACUGACAUCUACUGACAGAGUGGAGUGGGGCGAACCCACAAUGAUAGUAAAAAAACUUUGGAGCACCUUAAAUGAAAUUUUGGGGAAAAAAGGAAAACUCGGCUCUGUCAUUCAUUGAAUCAGAUGGCUCAUUCAUCACAAAACCCACUGAUAAUGCCAACUACUUUAAUGACUUCUUCAUUGGCAAGAUAAGCAAACUUAGGUAUGACAUGCCAGCAACAAACGCUGACACUACACAUCCAAGUAUAUCUGACCAAAUUAUGAAAGACAAGAAUUGUACUUUUGAAUUCCGUAAAGUCAGUUUGGAAGAGGUGAAAAAAGUAUUGUUGUCUAUCAACAAUGACAAGCCACCGGGGUCUGACAAUCUGGAUGGAAAAUUACUGAGGAUAAUAGUGGACGAUAUUGCCACUCCUAUUUGCCACAUCUUCAAUUUAAACCUCUAGAAAGUGUGUGCCCUCAGGCCUGGAGGGAAGCUAAAGUCAUUCCGCUACCCAAUAAUAGUAAAGCCCCCUUUACUGGCUCAAAUAGCCGACCAAUCAGUCUGUUACCAACCCUUAGUAAACUUCUGGAAAUAAUUGUGUUUGACCAGAUACAAUGCUAUUUCACAGUAAACAAACUGACAACAGACUUUCAGCACAGUUAUAGGGAAGGACACUCAACAAGCACAGCACUUACACAAAUUACUGAUGAUUGGUUGAGAGAAAUUGAUGAUAAAAUGAUUGUGGGGGCUGUCUUGUUAGACUUCAGUGCAGCUUUUGACAUUAUCGAUCAUAGUCUGCUGCUGGAAAAACGUAUGUGUUAUGGCUUUAUACACCCUGCUAUAUUGUGGAUAAAGAGUUACUUGUCUUACAGAACACAGAGGGUGUUCUUUAAUGGAAGCCUCUCAAACAUAAUCCAGGUAGAAUCAGGAAUUCCGCAGGGUAGCUGUUUAUGCCCCUUACUUUUUUCCAUCUUUACUAAUGACAGGCCACUGGCUUUGAGUAAAGCCAGUGUGUCUAUGUAUGCGGAUGACACAACACUAUACACAUCAGCUACUACAGCAACUGAAAUAACUGUAACACUUAACAAAGAGCUGCAGUUAGUUUCGGAAUGGGUAGCAAAGAAUAAGUUACUCUUAAAUAUUUCCAAAACUAAAAGCGUUGUAUUUGGGACAAGUCAUUCACUAAACCCUAAACCUCAACUACAUCUCGUAAUGAAUAAUGUGGAAAUUGAGCAAGUUGAGGUGACUAAACUGCCUGGAGUAACCCUGGAUUGUAAACUGUCAUGGUCAAAACAUAUUGAUACAACAGUUGCUAAGAUGGGGAGAAGUCUGUCCACAAUAAAGCGCUGCUCUGCCUUCUUAACAACACUAUCAACAAGGCAGGUCCUACAGGCCCUAGUUUUGUCGCACCUAGACUACUGUUCAGUAGUGUGGUCAGGUGUCACAAAGAGGGACUUGGGGUUGGCUCAGAACAGGGCAGCACUGCUGGCCCUUAAAAGUACACGGAGAGCUAACAUUAAUGACAUGCAUGUCAAUCUCUCAUGGCUCAAAGUGGAAGAGAGAUUGACUUGAUCACUACUAGUUUUUGUAAGAGGUGUUGACAAGCUGAAUGUACCGAGCUGUCUGUUUAAAAUAGACAUGCCACCAGAGGUCUCUUCACAGUCCCCAAGUCCAGAACAAACUAUGGGAGGCGCACAGUACUGCAUAGAGCCAUGACUACAUGGAACUCUAUUCCACAUCAGGUAACUGAUGCAAGCAGUAGAAUCAGAUUUUUUUUUAAACAGGUAAAAACACACCUUAUGGAACAACGGGGCUGUGACAAGACACACACAAAGGUACAGACACAUGUAUACGCACACAUUGUGAUAUUGUUGUAUGGUGGUAUUAAACAUUUUGUAUUGUAGUUAUGUAGUGGUUUAAUAAUGUUAUAUGGUGUACUGUUUUAUCUUUUGUUUUAUAUGUAAUGUAAGUGCUUUAAUAUGUUUGGACCCCCAGGAAGAGUAGCUACAUUGGCAGCAGCUAAUGGUGAUCCCUAAUGAAUACAAAAUACACCUUGAUGAGACCACGCUUCCUGCCUGCCUAUGGACUUUCCCUCCCCACUUGACCACCUCCCUCAGAUGAUAACUCAAGCCAUUAACUUUCUAAUGACUGUCCAUCUCAUGAUGUUGUGAUGUUGUUUUUCUAAAUUACUUGUCUUUUUUUUGUUUGCUUUGAAGCGCUUUGAGAUUCUGUGAAAAGUGCUAUAUAAGUUGAAUAAAUUGUUAUUGUUAUUAUAAAAAAAAUUCUCAUUGAUCUACACACAAUACCCCAUAAUGACAAAGCGAAAACAGGUUUUUAGACAUUUUUGCAAAUGCAUUAAAGUAAAAAAACAGAAAUACCUUAUUUACAUAAGUAUUCAGACCCUUUACUAUGAGACUCGAAAUUGAGCUCAGGUGCAUCCUGUUUCCAUUGAUCAUCCUUGAGAUGUUUCUACAACUUGAUUGGAGUCCACCUGUGGUAAAUUCAAUUGAUUUGACAUGAUUUGGAAAGGCACACACCUGUCUAUAUAAGGUCCCACAGUUGACAGUGCAUGUCAGACCAAAAACUAAGCCAUGGGGUCGAAGGAAUUGUCCGUAGAGGUCUGAGACAGGAUUGUGUCAAGGCACAGAUCUGGGGAAGGAUACCAACACAUUUCUGCAGCAUUAAAGGUCCCCAAGAACACAGUGGCCUCCAUCAUUCUUAAAUGGAAGAAGUUUGGUACCACCAAGACUCUUCCUAGAGCUGGCCGCCUGGCCAAACUGAGCAAUCAGGGAGGUGAACAAGAACCCGAUGAUCACUUUGACAGAGCUCCAGAGUUCCUCUGUGGAGAUGGGAGAACCUUCCAGAAGGACAACCAUCUCUGCAGAACUCCACCAAUCAGGCCUUUAUGGUAGGGUGGCCAGACGGAAGCCACCCUUUAGUAAAAGGCACAUGACAGCCCCCAUCGAGUUUGCCAAAUGGCACCUAAAGCCUCUCAGACCAUGAGAAACAAGAUUCUCUGGUCUGAUGAAACCAAGAUUGAACUCUUUGGCCUGAAUGCCAAGUGUCACGUCUGGAGGAAUCCUGGCACCAUCCCUAUGGUGAAGCAUGGUGGUGGCAGUAUCAUGCUGUGGGGAUGUUUUUCAGCAGCAGGGACUGGGAGACUAGUAAGGAUCGAGGGAAAGAUGAACGGAGCAAAGUACAAAGAGAUCCUUGAUGAAAACCUGUUCCAGAGUGCUCAGGACUGUGCAGCGAUGCUCCCCAUCCAACCUGACAGAGCUUGAGAGGAUCUGCAGAGAAAAAUGGGAGAAACUCCCCAAAUACAGUUGUGCCAAGCUUGUAGCAUCAUACCCAAUAGACUCAAGGCUGUAAUCGCUGCCAAAGGUGCUUCAACAAUACUUAUGUAAAUGUGAUAUUUCCGUUUUUUAUUUUUAAUAAAUGUACACUCAAAACAAAAAUUGUUUUUGCUUUGUAAUUAUGCGGUAUUGUGUGUAGAUUGAUGAGGGGGAAAAAACGAUUUAAUCAAUUUUAGAAUAAGGCUGUAACGUAACAAUAUGUGGAAAAAGUAAAUGGGUCUGAAUACUUUUCCGAAUGCGCAUUAUGCAUUUAUCCCCAGCAUUGCUUUGACCAUUAGGAGUUGCAGUGUCUUCUGGGAGUUGUAGUCUCAUCUCAACAUGUUCUCUCUUCCUGUUUUGCUGUAGGACUUCCUGACUGACCUGAUGAUGUCAGAGGUGGACCGGUGUGGGGAGAACGAGCAUCUGAUCUUCAGAGAGAACACCCUGGCCACCAAGGCUAUAGAGGAGUACCUCAAACUAGUGGGGCAGAAGUACCUGCAGGACGCACUUGGUAAGUCUGUCUGUCUGUAUCUAUCUGUCUGUUUAUCUGCCUAUUUUUCUGAAUAUCUGCCUGCCUGUCUGCCUGCCUACCUGCCUGCCUGCCUGCCUGCCUGCCUGCCUGCCUGCCUACCUGCCUGCCUGCCUGCCUGCCUGCCUGCCUUCUCCAGCCUCUCUAUGUCUUCAGUUAUAGGAGAGGAGAGAUAAAGCUAUUGGAGACGGUGUAUGUGAUAGGAUCUGCUGUACAGAAGGGGAGGAUGGGGCUGUAGAUAUGGUCUUUGUAUUCAGCUGUAGGAGAUGGCUGUAGAGAUGACUGCUCCAGUCUGUGGACCGUGACAUUUUCCUCCAGCACAGCACACUCUCUGGAGGAGAGAAAAUUAAUACUGUUUAUCUCUCUAUUGCCUGCCUUCAAGUCUUCACACUAUUUGACCGCUCUUUAGACUCUUCCCAGCUAGCACAUUUGGUUCCUUGGAAGUUGUCGGAAUGUACGUUUUUGGUUUCCCAUUGGUUCUGGGAACGAAGCCAUAUGUUUCCUGACUGGUAAAACUGAAAGUUUAUCAUACGUUCUGAGAACGGGAGUGAAAAUUUCACCUAUUCUGGGAACUUACAUUUUUAGGUUGCAGGGAGGUUCUGAGAACGUUUUACCAUGGUUCUCUGAAAGUUUUCCUGGGAGGUUUUAUUAACGUUCUGAGAACGGAAAUUAAAGUUUAUUUUAAGGUAAUUAAAUAACGUUCUGAGAACAUGUUUCAAUAAGACUUUUAAUGAAACUACUGGCUUAGUUUGGGUUAACUGUUUUGAACUUUGCUUAUGCAUUAAUCAUACAAACACAUUUCUUUUUUAUUGUGGCACUGCAUCAGUGAGAUUAAAAUCUAUGAUCUUCUGUUCUCUAUCCAUGGAAUUAGUCCACUUCGCCACCAGGAUGGAGCUAGCAUGCCAUGUUUUUUUAAACUCAUUUAGUCUAUUCAAACAGACCCCAUUUAAAAGAAAACAAGCACCCAUUAAAAUGGAACUGACAGCGUUUUAGCAACAUGAAAUCUUAUUCGAAUCUGUUCAUAUACACCCCCAGGAAGAAUAUGACACCUUUUUUACAUUUUCUGACAAGCAAGCACUUACAAUGUUUGGGAAUGACAUAGAGUAAGGCAAAUUCUAUAGCAAUAUGGAGGGGGAUAGUGGCCGUGCGUCUGGACAAUUAAUAGAAACUGCAGUAAAUAAAGACUAAUAAAAACAUAUGUCACGCAGGCCUGCCAUCAUUCACUUUGAAAUGGACAGUGUGUUUACAGCCAGUAGCAAGUUCAUCGUGACUUUAGAUCAUUAGAAUGCAUACGCCAAAAGCCACCUGAAUGGAUUUCUGCAAAUAUGUAAAUCCCACGGGAGUCCUCUUACAUUUGGGAACUUUACAGUCCUAUUGAUCAAACAACCAUGAAAAGUUAGGCUCUCUCUCCCUCAGUUAUGCACAUCAACAACAACAAGAUCAACAACUAAUGCUAGCCAGAGUGAGAUGAGCUAAAAUCUAACAAGGGAACAUUAGAUAAACCCUCUCAAACUUUUUCAGCUACUUAGCCGUCAAAAUUGCACUGAUAAACGAUGGGGAAUGGUUGCCUGCUCGACCUUCUGCAGCUUGCCUGCCAAUGCAUGCUUGUCCCAACUCACGUAUCGAUGCAAAAUAUAUUUGAUUGACAACUAAGGGUGCGUUCGUAAAUUGCCUCUAGUGUGUCAGAGUGCGCUUUUGGUCGUUCGUAAAUUCAGAGCGUUGUCAGAUUGUCUGUUCAUAAAUUCUGUGUAUUUUGCUCUCCGAGCGUUCAGAGCUCACACCGCACUAUUGACACGGGAUGCUCUGGCCGAGGAGUAAGGUUGAUUCGAGCAUUCCUCACAAUGGCAGUCAAGCACCGGCUAAAGUUGGCUAGCUUGCUAGCUACUUCCAGAAACAAAUGACAGAACACCUCACUCUGACCAUUUUACUCGCCCUAGCAGAGCUGGUUAGGCUGUUUACAUAUUUUUACAUUUUACAUUUUAGUCAUUUAGCAGACGCUCUUAUCCUGAGCGACUUACAGUUAGUGAGUGCAUACAUUAUUUUUUAUUUUUUCAUACUGGUCCCCCGUGGGAAUUGAACCCACAACCCUGGCGUUGCAAACGCCAUGCUCUACCAACUGAGCUACAUCCCUGCCGGCCAUUCCCUCCCCUACCCUGGACGACGCUGGGCCAAUUGUGCGCCGCCCCAAUUGGCCCAGCGUCGUCAUGAGUACAUGUUAUCUAGAGCGUUAGUGACUAACUGUGCUGCUGGCAACAAUUAAUAAUAACAAUAAUAAUUACUUUUUUUGCCAACAAAGUUCAUAUUCAGCAGGUGUUGCGUGUUCGUAAAUUCAUCCAUUAUUCAGCACUCUGGCACACUCAGACGAGAGUGCUCGGAAAUCAGUAGGUAGCCAGAGUGAAUUUUCUAACGCAAGAGAUAUGCUAUCUGGAUUAUGCUAAUUUAGCUAGCUAGCAAAGUGAUUGACAUUUCUUGCUAGCUAACCAAAUGACACCUACAUCUCUAGCUGUAGCCACCAGAAAAAAUUAUGAGGGGGAAAAGUCGGUCACUCACCUACUCCUCCAAUUACAUGACAUCCUCCCAGCAGCUAGCUAGCUAACGUUAGGCUCUGUGUUUCUAGCUUGCUAAAUAAAUAGCUAAACAGAUACGCAAGCCUAUUAGCCAUGUUGACUGACUUAUGAUCAUUGCGCUUGGUAGUUUGAUUGUAUUGACAUUCCUAGCCUUAGUUACAUUUGUCUGUUUUUGUCCAAAAUAUUGAGUAAUUGAAACUGAAACAGUGCAACCCGAAUGGGUGGAGGCAGCAAACAAUAUACAAGCCAGCUGUGAUUUACAACCUGAUAGCAAUAUUUUAUAUUGAUCAUUUUGUCUGAUAUUAUGAUUGUCUGUUUGUUUCAUAUCUGCAAAGUAGCUAAAACGCUGCCAGUUCCACUUUAAGAUCAGGUGUGGCCAAUUAGUAGGCGUGGCCAACACACCUCAACACACUUAACACAAUAGAGGAUAGAGAGAGUUUUUUGAUGCUGAGAGGAACGGGAUGUAUAUGUUUUAAAAUAACAUUUUUAGAACGUUCUCUGCACAUUACUAAAGUUUUCUUGUGGUUUUUAUGGAAAGUUUUCUUAACGUUCCGGAACAAUUUGAGAACAUGACUUUUAUAGAACCAUGAGGAAACCUGUAGGAAACUUUAUGCUGAAGUACUGAAAUUCCCACAGAAGAACGUUGUUUCUUAACAUUCUCUGAAAUAUUUGAGAACAUUCUCAAUGUCAAACCAGUUGGAGAACAUUCCUAGAACAUUACCAAAAUUGAAAUUAUAUGUAACCAUCUUUGAACUUUUAGGAAAUGUUCUGUUAAAGUAAUGAAAUACCCCCCCAAAAAAAAAAAAAAAUUGUCAAGUUCCUUAAAUGUGCUGAGAAUGUUCCAAAGCCAAGCAACUAUCCUGCACCACUCCCAAAAAGUUGUGGGAAGGUUGUAUGCUAAAUAAAAAAUAAUCAUUGGACAACCAUGCUCUCACCAAGCUCUAAGAAACCAUAUGGUUCUCAGAAUGUUAUGUGCUAGCUGGGUUUUUUCUCACUCUCUCUUUAUCUCUCUCUCAACCCUAUUUUUUCCCAAUCUGUCCCUCCACCCAUAAUUUUUUUCCACUCUUUCUUCAUCCAUCCAUUCUUAAUACAGAGACUGUGUGUUAUCGUAAACAGUCAAACUUGUUCUGGGUCAUUAGGUCAUAGUAAAGAGCUUACUGAGCUGUAGUAGAGGUCAGAGGUCAUUGAGCUGUAGUGGAGGUCAAAGGGCAGAGAAGGCCCAACCCUCCUGUACACAGAACUCUCUCUCUCUCUCUCUCUCUCUCUCUCUCUCUCUCUCUCUCCCAUUAUUCAGCACUCUGGCACACUCAGACGAGAGUGCUCGGAAAUCAGUAGGUAGCCAGAGUGAAUUUUCUAACGCAAGAGAUAUGCUAUCUGGAUUAUGCUAAUUUAGCUAGCUAGCAAAGUGAUUGACAUUUCUUGCUAGCUAACCAAAUGACACCUACAUCUCUAGCUGUAGCCACCAGAAAAAAUUAUGAGGGGGAAAAGUCGGUCACUCACCUACUCCUCCAAUUACAUGACAUCCUCCCAGCAGCUAGCUAGCUAACGUUAGGCUCUGUGUUUCUAGCUUGCUAAAUAAAUAGCUAAACAGAUACGCAAGCCUAUUAGCCAUGUUGACUGACUUAUGAUCAUUGCGCUUGGUAGUUUGAUUGUAUUGACAUUCCUAGCCUUAGUUACAUUUGUCUGUUUUUGUCCAAAAUAUUGAGUAAUUGAAACUGAAACAGUGCAACCCGAAUGGGUGGAGGCAGCAAACAAUAUACAAGCCAGCUGUGAUUUACAACCUGAUAGCAAUAUUUUAUAUUGAUAAUUUUGUCUGAUAUUAUGAUUGUCUGUUUGUUUCAUAUCUGCAAAGUAGCUAAAACGCUGCCAGUUCCACUUUAAGAUCAGGUGUGGCCAAUUAGUAGGCGUGGCCAACACACCUCAACACACUUAACACAAUAGAGGAUAGAGAGAGUUUUUUGAUGCUGAGAGGAACGGGAUGUAUAUGUUUUAAAAUAACAUUUUUAGAACGUUCUCUGCACAUUACUAAAGUUUUCUUGUGGUUUUUAUGGAAAGUUUUCUUAACGUUCCGGAACAAUUUGAGAACAUGACUUUUAUAGAACCAUGAGGAAACCUGUAGGAAACUUUAUGCUGAAGUACUGAAAUUCCCACAGAAGAACGUUGUUUCUUAACAUUCUCUGAAAUAUUUGAGAACAUUCUCAAUGUCAAACCAGUUGGAGAACAUUCCUAGAACAUUACCAAAAUUGAAAUUAUAUGUAACCAUCUUUGAACUUUUAGGAAAUGUUCUGUUAAAGUAAUGAAAUACCCCCCCAAAAAAAAAAAAAAUUGUCAAGUUCCUUAAAUGUGCUGAGAAUGUUCCAAAGCCAAGCAACUAUCCUGCACCACUCCCAAAAAGUUGUGGGAAGGUUGUAUGCUAAAUAAAAAAUAAUCAUUGGACAACCAUGCUCUCACCAAGCUCUAAGAAACCAUAUGGUUCUCAGAAUGUUAUGUGCUAGCUGGGUUUUUUUCUCACUCUCUCUUUAUCUCUCUCUCAACCCUAUUUUUUCCCAAUCUGUCCCUCCACCCAUAAUUUUUUUCCACUCUUUCUUCAUCCAUCCAUUCUUAAUACAGAGACUGUGUGUUAUCGUAAACAGUCAAACUUGUUCUGGGUCAUUAGGUCAUAGUAAAGAGCUUACUGAGCUGUAGUAGAGGUCAGAGGUCAUUGAGCUGUAGUGGAGGUCAAAGGGCAGAGAAGGCCCAACCCUCCUGUACACAGAACUCUCUCUCUCUCUCUCUCUCUCUCUCUCUCUCUCUCUCUCUCUCUCUCUCUCUCUCUCUCUCUCUCUCUCUCUCUCUCUCUCUCUCUCUCUCUCUCUCUCUCUCUCUCUCUCUCUCUCUCUCUCUCUCUCUCUCUUUCUCUAACAUAAGGUUAGUCCAGUGUUGUGUUAGUGUUUGGCUGUGGUCCCGGCGAUAAGCCUGGUGUAUGUUGAUGUAUUUACCUCAUCCAGCCUGAUUUAGAAACGUACCCAGCAGCAGUUUUAGCUGCAGAAAAGCACACGUCCUCCCUGCAAAUUCUCUCUCUCUUUUUCCAUCUCUCUCCAUCUCCCUCUCUCCACCCUCCCUCUCUCAUUUCCCUCUCUGUGCAUAGAUUUUUCAAGUUGUGUGUGUGUGUGUGUGUGUGCCUGUCUGUCUGUGUCUUUAUUUCUGGGGUUGUGUUAAGAAUAUAUUGGAGCCUCAGUGAAUCAUGCAUGUGUGUAUUUCUUGGUGUAAAUGUGCUUUUUUUUUAUUUGACGCCUAGGUGAAUAAUAGAACAUCUCAUCGCUGCCAAAGAUUGACUGGUUCUGGUCUGCCAUGCAGGGGCGACAUAAGGAUGAACAGGAGUAGAGCGAGGGGGAGGGGGAGGAAGAGAGAGAGAGAGAGACCAACUGUACAGGGGAAAUAAUUACACCUUAUCACUGUCAAACUACAGAUGAUAUCUUAUUUUUAUAGUCUUAACACAUCCUCUCUCUCGUUCUCUCUCUCUCUCUCUCUCCUCCCUCACUCUCUCUCUCUUCCUCUUUUUAACUCUCUUGCUCUCCUUCACAUGGGAAGGACAAGGUUGACAGGAAGAGGGGGGGAGGAUUUGUGGAACGUUGAUGGAGCGUUGUUCUAUUGUUGUCUGUGUUGUUGUUAUCGCGUCUGGUGCAUUGACUGAGAUGGAGCACAUGAACAUCAGUCAUCAGUCACUUUGUGUUACCUGGGAUGACCUGGGUCUCCACUCAGGUUCACUCAGGGUUCUUAUUGUUGGUUGACAUAUUGAUGCCAUUGGAUAGAUAUAAAAAAUCUGGGAAAUUGUCUCCCUAUCCCAGAGGUCAAUAGCAUAUGGUGGUCAAUCAUUAUAACUACCUCCAGCAACAAACUCGUUCACCUUUGGUUCUCUCGUCGGCUAAUAAUGAUGUUGUUUACUGUUUACUGAAUUAAAGUUUGUGUUUGAAUGAAUUAAUGUUUAUGUCUGAAUGAAGGAAUGUUUGUGUCUGAAUGAAUGAAUGUUUGUGUCUGAAUGAAUGAAAGUUUGUGUCUGAAUGAAUUAAUGUUUGUGUCUCAUUACUCACCUGUCUCCCUCUCCAACACUGUUGACUCUCCAUACUGACUGAACGUCAGUGUCUGACUCUGGUCUCUCUCUCUCUCUGUGUUAUGUGAGUUUAUCAAGGCGCUGGUCUCCAUAGUGACUUAAUGUUAGUGUCUGACUGUCUCUCUUUCUCCCUGUGUUAUAGGUGAGUUUAUCAAGGCGCUGUAUGAGUCAGAUGAGAACUGUGAGGUGGACCCGUCCAAGUGUUCGUCCAAUGACCUGCAGGAGCACCAGAGCAACCUGAAGAUGUGCUGCGAGCUGGCCUUCUGCAAGAUCAUCAACUCCUACUGGUAACUACUGGGACACCAGCCACAAUACACCAAUACACUACCAUUUAUCUAUCAUGACAUUUUAGGAACCACUGUACCACAGGUAACAGUACACUGUCAUAUCUCCUCCCUAACGUUGUUGAUACUUCCCUCUCCCUGGCAGUGUGUUUCCACGGGAACUGAAGGAGGUGUUUGCGUCUUGGCGACAGGAGUGCAGUAGCCGGGGGCGACCGGACAUCAGCGAGCGUCUGAUCAGUGCGUCUCUGUUCCUGCGCUUCCUGUGUCCGGCCGUUAUGUCACCGUCGCUCUUCAACCUGAUGCAGGAGUACCCUGACGACCGCACCGCACGCACACUCACACUCAUCGCCAAGGUUACUCAGAACCUGGCCAACUUCACCAAGUGAGUGUGUGUUGAUGGUGUGUGUGUUCACGUUGUGUGUUUUUACUGUGUGUGUGUGCGCAUGCAUGCAAGAUAGAGAGAGCAUGUUUUCUAUACGGAGGCACUCACUCUCCCCCUCCUCUCUCUCUCUCUCUCUCUCUCUCUCUCUCUCUCUCUUAUUUUCUCCCUCCGUCCCAGGUUUGGCAGUAAGGAGGAGUAUAUGUCCUUUAUGAACCAGUUCCUAGAGCAUGAGUGGACCAACAUGCAGCGUUUCCUGCUGGAGAUCUCUAACCCAGAGACCAUCUCUAACACAGCAGGGUUCGAAGGUUACAUAGACCUGGGACGGGAGCUGUCCACCCUGCACAACCUGCUGUCAGAGGUCGUCUCUACCAUGGACCAGGUAGGACUGACAACCAGGAGGGAGGAGAACAAUGAAUACAAUGGACAUUUUGUCAUUAGUUAAUAUACACUUACGUCUGUAUAUAGUAUUUCAAGAAUUGAAAGGAGACAGGAGUUCUUCCUGACCACGUGAAUUGACCAGGAAAAACUCAAGGCCCCAGCUAUAAGUGGAUUUUCAUGAUCAGAAUUGACAAAGAACAACUCUGAGCCCUAGUGAAAGCCUAUAUAACUAGGCCCCAGACAUUUUCCCUGGUCAGGUCAUGUACUCAGGAAAAACCCCUGGCCCUAAUUAAAUACGUACUUUAAAAGUACAUACUUAAAAAUGUUCUAGUGCAUUAUCACUACCCUUCAGCAUUUAAUGAUGUACAGCGUGCAUUAGCAUGCUUACCUAACUAGAUUCAACAAUGUGUAUAGCACACUAUUGCUUAUAUAAUACAACUACUGCUAUCACUCUCUGUCAAUGAGAGUACACUAUUGGUAUGCUAUGAUUUGCAAAUGGAUUUGCAGGGACACCUAGUGCAUUAGCAUCGUUCCGCAUGGAGAGCCAUCCCAGAGUGGUAAUUACUAGGUAUAUUGGGGGCAAAACCCAUAGACUCCAUUUGUAUGUGUGUGCUCCAUCCCAUCCUCACAGAGAACAACACACUGUUCCUUUCAAUUAUUUAAAAAACUCCUGUCUGUCUCCGUUCGACAUCAAGUCCUUCCAGGCUCUGAUUCAUUAUUCAAACUGAAGGGCAUAAUUAGAGGGAGAUUAGCACUCUGUAAUUGGAAAGAUAAUACCCAAUCUAGCAGCUGACUGACUGAUACAGACACAGAGAAAAUAGUUGCAGUCUCAUCUGCUAUCCAAGGUUUCAGUCAGUGCCUAUAAAAGUUGCAACAGAAAUGGCUUCAUACAGUAAAGUAGAAGACCGUGAAGAAUGGCAUUAAUACAGAGUGAGCCUAAGUAGGAUGAAGUUUGCCCCCAAGCCUAGACACUGAUCUAAUGUCAGUCUUGUCAGUUUAAUGUCUUCCAUACCCCACCGCCCUAAUUAGUUACUAGGAUUGCAGGAGGUGGAAGCUGAUCUUAGAUCUGUGCCUAAAGGCCUCAACUUUUAUACUGCGCUACCAUCACCCCUGACCCCAUCUCUGACCUUUAACCUUUUACCCCUCAGAGCUCCGCCUCCAAACUGGGGCCUCUACCCAGGAUCCUCCGGGAGGUGAACACAGCUCUGACCAACCCGUACAGUAUGACCAUGACCGCUCCGUCCCCCUCUGACCGUAUGGGGUCUCCGCCCAACGCCGGGGCAGGCUGCAGCAUCUCCACCGGCCUGCAGAAGAUGGUCAUCGACAACGACCUCUCAGGGUAAGGACAGGGUUUGGGAAAUGGUAUGAGGGUGUGAGGGUAGGGUAAAGGUUAGGAAGAACAAACAAAGGAAACGGUAUGGGUAAGGAUGGUUAAGGUGGUCAAGGUUUGCUCUUCAAAUGUCCUGUGAGCUAAAAUGUCUCCAGACUGAUAAUGAAAGUUGAUCUCUUGUAAGUUCAUAUCUUUGUUAGGUGAAUGAGAUGAAGGUCAUUGUUGUCUAUUGUGUUCAACAGUUGUCCUGGAUCAAUAGGUAUAAUUAGCCAUAGUCGUUGUCGUGACCGUCCGUCCGUCCGUCCGUCCGUCCUCCCUUUAUCAAACCACGGUGUGUCAACCCAGUCACAGUCACUGUCCUGUCCCUUCCAUUCCCUCCUUAUCAGGCUGGCAGAGAACCUGUAACCCAAGUCAGAUUUAUGGAGGCUGGAGUGAACGAGCCUAGCAUUCUAGCAGUCCUUCUUAAUUACAUCCCAUUUACAGGGAGGGAGAGGGGGAGAGGGAGAGAGGGAGAGAGGGAGAGAGGGAGAGAGAGAGGGAGAGAGAGAGAGAGAGAGAGAGAGAUCGAGAGAGAGAGAUAGAUCCGUAGUAUAGAGAUGUAGAGCGCGAGAGAUAGAGAGCUCUCGAUGCCCCGAGAGAGAGAUCCCCAGAGCAGAGAGAGAGUAGAUAUAUCGAGAGAGUGUAAAUCGUGGCUGUCAAGGUAAUUGUCUCCAGACAAUAAAGCUUCUGACUGGGUGGUGGAGGAUAGGAGGAGGAGGGGGGGAAGAAUGAGUGCGGAUCACUUAACUGCUCCCUAUGACUCACAUCCUCACUUGCUGCUGCUUUGCUGUUUUUAUACCAUGUGUCCUGUUGUGUAGGAUGAGUGUUCAUUGGGAUUUCACACUUAGCUGUUUCUCAUGUGUGGCCUGAAGGGUUUGACUGGUCAUUUUUCAUGUCUGUAAGGGUCAAUAGAUACAACAGUGUACAACUGUUUUACAGAAUAAUCAAAACCUCUCUCUCUCUUUGUCAUUCCUCCUUUUUACCUCUUGCUCUUCCUCCCUUUCACCACUUUUUACCUUCCCUCCCUCCUCCUCCCCUCAACCCCCACCCCUCUCCUUCCCUCUCUCCUCUCUCAGGUUGGUGGACUUCACCAGGUUACCCUCCCCCACCCCGGAGAACAAGGACCUAUUCUUCGUCACCAGGAAUUCUGGGAUCCACCCCUCCCCAGCCCGCAGCUCUAGCUACUCUGAGUCCAAUGAACCCGAGCUGGGCAUGGCCAACGGCAGCAAAAGCCUGUCCAUGGUGGACCUCCAGGACCCCCGCAUCUUAGAGAGCAGCCAAGGCCCCGGCCCCUCAGACGGCCUGGGAGAGGGGAAUGUUCCUGGGGGAGUGUGGUCGGCCCGGACCCCCCAGGGUAACAUCACUGGAGGUCCUACACUGAGGAGGCCGGUUCAGACCCCCACCACCCCUGGGUCGGAGAGUGCCCCAGGCAGGCCGGCUCAGCUUCUGGCCCCCCUGUCCUUCCAGAACCCCGUCUACCAGAUGGCGGCAGGGCUGCCUGUGUCGCCGCGAGGCAUGGCCGACUCAGGCUCCGAGUGCCACAGCUCCCACAGUUCCCAUAGCAACAACGAGGACGGGGCAGGAGGAGGAGGGGGGAAACACAACACCUUCCUGAACCACGGAGGAGGAGGAGGAGGAGGAGGAGGUGGGGGGAGUAGCGGGGAGGAGUAUGCCCGUCGUUCAGGGGAGUUUGUAGGCACGCGGAGGCAGCUGUCACUCACAGAGGCCCAGCCCACCAUGCCCAGACAAAACAACGCCGGCCCCCAGCGCAGGAUAGACCAGCCCCCUCCGCAGACCACCAUCACCAGGGGCCGCACGCCCCCCAACCUGCUCAACAGCGGGCCCUACCCGCGCCCCUCCAGCGGCAACAUGAUGUCAUCAUCGCCCGACUGGCCCGGCAGUGGGGCACGGCUACGGCAACAGUCGUCGUCAUCAAAAGGAGACAGCCCCGAGACCAAGCAGAGAGCCCAGCACAAACAGGUAAGGUACUUAUACAGUAGUACACACACACUCCCAGUGAAACACACACAGUCAGUCAGUCAACGUAUACUUGUUCAAAUGACUGUGUAUGGGAUAGCUGUUAUAGCGAGGUUCUUUGCUGGCAGUCAUGUUGGUAGCUUCAGUGUUGGCUUUCAGGGCUCAUACUGUAUCAGUGUAAAACAAGAUCCUUUCUUUCUCAAUGAGUUCUCAGGCUAAAUAAAGCUUUAACUAAACAAAUAAUGCAGUGUCAUGGAAAGCUUCCAUUAAUACCACUUCAUCCCAUUAUGCGUUGCAUGUUGACAAUGCCUGUAUGUCCAGUGGGUGGUGUCUGAGCUCUCCUGUUAUUCUCUCUAAUGAAUUACAGUCAUUGGAGCAGCCAGUGUGUAAUAACAGUAAACACCAUGCUCAAUGUCUCUGCACUGUUUAUACGUGGGAGUCUAAUAGCACAGGUCACAGGUAGAGAUGCAUGCAGGCGUAGGCCUAUUAUUUCCUGCUUUCGUACAGACGCAUAGAGAUAGAUAGGGUAGUUAGUUAUUUUGGGUUGGUUGGUUGUUUUAUGGUUACCUUAUCAUCUGCAGGUCACACACACACUCACUCAAAUCUUGCACUCAGUUAUUUGUGUAUGUGUGUGGCUGUGUGUCUGUCGCUGUUGGGACUGGGAGUUGUUCUAGUGCAUAUAUAAUUUAUCUGCUGGCAUCCUUGGGCUGUUAAAGAUUACCUCAUAGUCAGCAGGUCACUGAUAGGCUGGCUGGUCGAUGGUUUCCCCGGUGAUCUCUGGCCUCAAGGUGACAGGAAGGACAUUUACAUUCCCAGUUUCCUACAAUGCCCUGCUCUCCCCUAGGGACUGAUUGAUUGGUCGGCUUAGUGAUUGACUGAUUGGUGUAGCCCGAGGGUUAAUGGGGUUGUAAUGGAAACCAGACGGACACCAUCCGCGCUCUCAGGGAUUUGUUAAGCAUGUUGUUUUUAAUGUCUUCUUCCUUCCUAUCUGAAUUACAUUAGAGAUACAUAACAGCUGGAUUAGAGAGAGACAUUGAGAAGGAAAUCAAUGCUUGAUUGAGUCGCUGUCUGGCUGCACUAACUGGUUUUCAGCUCUGUCUGGAGAUGCAUGUAUUUUUAAUAGAGCACGGUGCUUAUAUACUGAGCAGAUUGCAACUAUAAUUCUAAUCCGUGUCACACAGCUCUAAUCAAACCUGGCUAGGUUCUGAGUUCAUGAAAUGAUCCUGUCUCAAUCCAGUUUAGAAUGAUGUCUAGAAGUGAUGAUAAGCUAUUGUGCAUGUCACCUAACAUCACAUUAAUAUGUUGCUAACUAACUAACUAACUAACUGACUAACAUCACAUUAAUAUGUUGCUAACUAACUAACUAACUGACUAACUAACAUCACAUUAAUAUGUUGCUAACUAACUAACUAACUAACUAGCUAACAUCAUAUAUUCAGGAGAAAUCUCUUGGCUGUCUUGACCUUGGUAUUCUUCUGAGAAGUGUCCAAUGACAAUGAAAUGACAGAGCGAGGUUUGAGCUAAUACAUUUUAAUGAAUUCAGUUCACCAUAUAUGAGAUUCAAAUAAAGAUAUUCAAGGUUUCAAUUCCAAAGACUAGUUUGGACUUUGUCUGUGAAACGAUCCCACUGUUCUUCCCCUCCCUUCACAGUCCAAAGGCUCCAUCUCCCUUUCACCAACUGUCAGUCACCAUAACUGACACAUUUAAUGACACACAGACACUCUCACUCAUACAAACACACACACACACGCUCACUCUCUAUCUCACACACAAACACACACACAUACACACAUACCACACCCUCUCUCUCUCACACACACACGAACACACAAACACGACACUCUGCUUUAGUGAUUACAUUAUGUGUCCUUUACGUUCCAUGUGCAUUUCGAGCUUAUUCCUGUGUGUACGUAGUCUGUAUGUCGGUGUGUACCGUAUGAUGUGUGUGGGUGUACCGCUCGACUCAGCUCAUGUGUGUGUGUGUUGUGUUGGUUCCACUAGGCCCCCUCCCCAGUGAACCCCAAUGCGCUGGACCGUACGGCUGCCUGGCUAUUGAAUAUGAAUGUGCAGUAUGUAGACCAUGAGGGGAUGGACCCCGAGUCCAGAAACAGAGAGGAUCUCACUCAGGCCGAGAAGGUAACGUCCAACUCCCAAACCAACCUUAACCCCCUCUCAACCUCCCUUUUACCUCCCUAACUACCCCCCGUUCUGAGCACCCACCCUCUACCUCUCCACCUAACCCCCAACCCUCAACCGUAAACACUACCUCACUCCCUGUAACCAGCACUAUCUCUAAUCCCCUCAACUCCCAUGGUCAAGCCCUCACUCCUACCCUUAACUAUGCCCCCUUAUAACUUACAAUCACUCACAAUAACCCAGCAUCUCUAAUAACAAUACUCAGUUUGUAUGGUCAAAGGAUUUCAACCGUAAGGUAUUCUCGUGUGUGUGUGUGUGUGUGUGUGUGUGUGUGUGUGUGUGUGUGUGUGUGUGUGUGUGUGUGUGUGUGUGUGUGUGUGUGUGUGUGUGUGUGUGUGUGUGUGUGUGGAGGACAUGCUUCCUGCUGCUUAUUCACCUGCUUCUCAUCCAACCAGCACAUCUCAUUGGCUCUUAGCUCCUCAUGCUUUGACUGGCUGUCACACAAACACCUCCACUGUUUUGAUUGGCUAUCACACACACACCUCGGCUACACAACAUUCAUACAUGAUCAUUACAGCUCUAUCAAACGUCUAGGAAGAUGCAUGCAUAACCAGUACAGAAUCAAUCAUUUACUCCAGCUUUGAUGGGAUCCUUCAGAGGACGUUUUAAGACUACACACAAUAAAUCAGGGUUCCUCAAGGUGAUGGUUCUAUGUGGAACCAUAAUGACUCAAAGAACCCUUUGAGUUCUUCAAUGGUUAUUUACAGUUCACAAAAUAGUUAUUUGCUCUUUUAGUGAUAAUUUUGCCCGUGUGGUUUCACACAGCUCUUUUUGUGCAACCGUGAGUGAGAGUGUCAUUCCAGUUUAUCUAAUGUGUAAUGUUAUGCCAUUACAUGUUAUAUAGGACUAUGACCAAUGACGCUGUAUUGUGAAACACUCAAGUAUGGCCUUGUGUGAAUUGAGACCGGUUGACUAAAUCAGUCAGUGGUUCUCAAUUCUCUCCUCAGGGACCCCCAGCUGUUUCAGAGUUAGCUCACUUGAUUCAACUUGUCAAUCAACAAAAUAAUAACACCUAUGGAAUUGUAACAAUAUAAUAUGUCUGACCAGAAUAAAAAACCCUGUGGUUCUUCAAAAUGGUCUAUAAAGAACUUUUCAGAUUGAGAAAGGUUCUUUAUAGAACCAUUCUCCAUAAAGGUUCUAUAAAGAACCAUACAUAAAGGGUUGUAACCAUAGCGGAACACUUUUUUGGUGCUAUAUAGAACCUUUUUUAAUGGUACUUUAUAGAUCCUUAGGAAAGGGUUCUUUAUAGUACCAUACAGGUUCCAUUUAGAACCUUAUGUGCAUGGUUCUUUAUUAAACCUUCAAAAAAAGGUUCUAUAUAGCACCAAAAAGGGUUCCACUAUGGUUUUAGUGCGUACCCUUAAAUGCAGCUGCAGGAUCCAUGAUGUUUUAUUAAAGGAGGGAUUUGCUUAUGCUCCACUUUUCUCCCAGCCAGCACAAACCCUCUCCUCUCCAGUACCGCUCACAGGUCUGUCUCCUCCCUCUCCUCUCCAGUACCGCUCACAGGUCUGUCUCUUCCAUCUCCCCCUUCUCCUCCCUCUUUCUUCUGGAACAGUGCUCAGCUUAAGUCCCCUCACAUGCCCAUGUUUAGAGGUUAGGGAUCAAAGGCAAGUGCUGGUGGGAUUUGGGACAUAGAAGGAAUGGAAACUCAUCCCUUCCAGGAAUACUGGUGGCUUAGAAAAGUGUUGGGUAAUAGGUACUUUUAGUCUUCCACACUUCCAACACUUUUUGUCAUCCUGCCUAGUGCGAGUUUCAGUUUUCCUUCAAUAUUUGACCAUUUCAAACUUGAAACCAGGUGGACAAAAAAAUAACAAAUCAGAUAAGAAGCAAGAAUGGUGUGACAAUGAGGUGAUACACCUGUCAAGGUCUACCGGAGGACCACUGUGAUGAGGAGGACAUUGGCAGUGGUUAUGGUGAUGAUAAUGAGAACAGUUAUUGCCCUCUUCAACCUAGAAAUAACAGUACAAUUGAAUGGGCCAGGAUGGGUUGGCAACAUUUGAAAUAAUUAUCGGGUUGGCACUGUUGAUGAGGAUAAUAAUAGCAACUCUGACUCUCUCUCGCUUUCUCUCCUGUCUCAAGUAGCAGGUGGCUGUAUUGUUGAAGAUGCCUCUUCCUCUAACCCUGUCUCUCUCUCUCUCUCUCUCUCCUCUCUCUCCAGUACCAGCAGGAGAUCGUGGUCCUCCAGGAGAAGCUGCGUGUGUCGGUCCAGAAGCUGGAGGAGUACGAGGCUCGUCUGAAGGGCCAGGAUGACGGAGGUCCGAAGGCUCUGAUGGAGUACCAGGCACGGCUGGAGGAGUCUGAGGAACGCCUGAGGCGACAGCAGGACGACAAGGACCUCCAGAUGAAGGGCAUCAUCAGCAGGUACGUCUGAUGUGGGGAUCAGACCCUUUCCAGACAGAGACUGGUGAAUGUAAGGAGAGAUAACAUUGGAGAUGGAGAAAGAGAGAUCCAGAGUGAGCGUGUGGUAAGAGAGAGCAAGCAUACGCUGAGAGAAAGACAGGGAGAGGGGGUGUAUGGUAAGAGACAUGGGGGGGCGUUAAAACUAAAGGCUGAUUUACCUAGGUUUGUAGAGACACAAGGGACCUCAAGAGUUAACCAGCCCUGUGAGUGGGUUUGGUGCCUCGUAUUUCUAUACAUUAACCGAGAAGUGAGAUAUGUUGGAAGCUUGUGCAGCAGAGCUUUGUAAACAAAAAGGGAGAAAUUAAGUGAUCUACAGGAAUUUAGAGAGGUCCAGCCGACCUUCUGGUAAAGAAUGCAGUGAUGAGUAUUAAACCUGUCACCUGUGGUAGAGUGAAGCACGCUGUGGUAGAGCGAAAGAGAAGGAAGGAGAGAGAGGGAAAGCGAGAUGGGUGAUGUUAUCUGCUGGUCUGUGAUGUCAGGAGACACAGCGCUUCCCUGUUCCCUUCAGAUCCUUAUCACACUGCACCCUGCAAUUAGAGCCUACACACACACACACCUCGCAUGACUCAAUACACACACACACACAUCUCACAAAAUUCAAUAUACAGACAUUUCACAAACUCAAUUAAAGUGAAAAGUGUUAUCCUGAUUUUUAAACGCCUAGCAGACCAGUGCCCGAGACACACACCUCACAAACUCAAUUAGAAGCUCUACACUCCUACACACACCUCCUAAAUACAUAGCAGACCAGCAGGCCCAAUAUACCCUCCUUCCAAUAACUCUAUUAUAGGCUGUGCAGUGUGUACUCCUACAUACAGCUUUAAAGCACUAGCAGACCCCUGUGUGUUAAGAGUAACACACUCCUAACACACGUUCCUGCUCUGUGUCUUACACUGUGUGUCCUUCUGUUUGUGUUGCUACUGUCCUUCUAACACAGUGUGUGUGUGUCGUGUCUUGCUGUGUAUGUGUGUGUGUCCAGGCUAAUGUCUGUGGAAGAGGAGCUGAAGAAAGACCAUAAUGAUAUGCAGGCUGUGGUCGACUCCAAACAGAAGAUCAUUGAUGCACAGGUGAGAGUCACACACACACACACACACACACACACACACACUUACCCUAACCCUUAGUAUACUACUACCCUCAUUAUAUUAUAUUAUAUUAUAUUAUAUUCGGGUAUAUUAUCCCCCAUUCCAUCUCCCCUGCAUGACAGGUUUUCAAGUUUUAUUAGUCUUAUGUACAGGAUACAAUGCUUUCUUGUAGGUUCCUUCUCAACAAUGCAAUAACAAUAAGAAAUAAUAAAAUAUAAGAAUACAAACGUAAAUUAAAUGGCUCAGUAGAGUAGAAUAAACAUUUUAGCAUAAGUAUAAUGCAGGAAAGCACAAUUUAUAGUACAAUAUUUACACAGAGAAAGGGGGGAUUGGGGGGCAAGUAUUUAAAUUGUGCUGUAUUAGCAAUAGUAAAUAAGAGUGUGCUAGCAGCCAUUGUGAUGUGUGUGUAGCAUGAAGGUAUAUGUGGGUGUGUGUAUGUCUGUGUGGGUGUGUGCAUGAGUGAGUGAGUGAGUGAGUGAGUGCAUGUGUGCUAAGGUGCAGAGAGUCAGUGCAGGUAGUCAGUUCAGUUCAAGUGUUCAGAAGUCUGAUGGCUUGUAGAUAGAAACUGUGAACACCUCGUGGCUGGGGUGUGUGGGGUGCAUGAUGAUGCUGUGGGACUUCCUCAGGCACCGUUUUAAGUAGAUGUCUUGGAUGGGUGGGAACAUGGACCCAGUGAUGUACUAAGCUGUCUUCACCCAGUGAUGUACAGGGCCUUGCAGUCGUGGACGGAGCAAUUCCCGUAGCAGGCCGUGAUGCAACCGGUCAGGAACGCUCUCGAUGGUGCAGCAGUAGCAUUUGGAGAGGACCCGGGGUGGCAUGCCGAAUUUCUUCAGCCGCAUUAGGAAGUAGAGGCGCUGUUGCGCCCUCUUGACAAGAGUGGUGGUGUUUUUGGUCCAUGUCAAGUCCUCAGUGAUGUAGACACCGAGGAACUUACAGUGCCUUCAGAAAGUAUUCACACCCCUUGACUUUUUCCACAUUUUGUUGUGCUACAGCCUGAAUCUAAAAUGUAUUAAAUUGUGAUUUUUUUUUUUGCCACUGGCCUACACACAAUACUCAAAAAUGUCAAAGUUGAAUUAUGUUUUUAGAAAUGUCUUGAGCCAGUAAAUAUUCAACCCCUUUGUUAUGGUAAGCGUAAAUAAGUUCAGGAGUAAAUGUGUACUGUGUGGGUGUCCCACUCGGCUCAGCUCGUGUGUGUGUGUGUUGUGUUGGUUCCACUGUAAAUACUUUCCCUAAAGGCUGACUCAUCGAUGUUGAUUGGUGUCGUCAGCAAACUUGAUGAUGGAGUUGGUGUCGUGCAAAGUCACACAAUUGUGGGUGAGCAGGGAGUACAGCAGAGAGUGUAGAGAGUUUCACCAACCAGAAAUAGACAAUGGGCUAGGAUGUCAGUUAGCAUCUGGUUUGGGCCUGCUGUCUUACAAUUCUUAAUAACUUCCACCACUUUUACACACACGCAACACCACUUUCAGAGGUAAGGAAGAAUGUAACAGGAUCAUUUACUUGUAUGUCGAGGUUGCCUCUCAGUGGGAUUCCGCUAGGAUGGGAUGAAGCCAAGAAAACGUUGUCCACGUCUCUUGUGACGGUAGAGCUGAGGAUAGGUUCUCGUCAGUCGGUGUUUAGUUUCCAAAGAGAUGGGAUUAUUCAUCCAAAGGGCGUGGCCGCACCUCGCAGAAACUUGAUCUCACGUCUGUUAGCAAGUCCUGUAAUUUAUAGGGAUACUCACAGGGGGCGGGCUUAUGACAGUCCAGACAGGGUGGUUCUAACAAUUAAACACAUUUAUGUUCUUUGAGACAAACCUGAGACUUCCUCAUAAGUGUCCACAGCAUGUUUCUACUGCACAUUUUAACAAUCUCUAGGAUGAAGUACGUAACCUGUAGGUACCAAACAUGCUUUUGGUAAAAUGUAUAUCAUUCCAUGUUAUAGCAAAAUACCUGUUAUACCCAUUUAAUGACGUAGGACAAUCAGGAGAAAAAUAUCACAUAAUGCUUCAAGAUUAUAUCACGUCAUGGGUUUUUCAAUUGAAUACAUUGAUAAGAAAACAUGUUUAAAUGUUUGCGCCAUUUUCCUUUGUCAAAAAGCAUAGAAAGUAAUUGACUCCCUUCAAUACACAACUCUUGGCGCUCAAAAGACUGGAUGGCCGUUUAUCCAGCAACACAUGUAGAUCACAAGGCGUUCUGUUUUCUGUUGUAAACAGGGAAAGGGAGAGUUUAUUUGUCUUGUGAUAGCUUGUAAAGGGGGGGGGCUGGAAUGUGGGAUAUUUGUUCUCCAUCAUCCACUCCACCCCCCCUUGUGUGCUCUCGUUACAACACUCGUCUGGGAGGGAGGCUUCGGUGGGCACCACACAGCUGUAUUUGCCUUUGUAGUCUGUGAUAGCCUGUAGUCCUUGCCGCAUGUGGCGCGAGUCUGAGUUGUUGAACAUCUAUUCAAAUUUGAGUCUGUAUUGUCUUUUUGUGUCCCUAAUGGAUUUGUGGAGCACGCGACACGCUUGUACGUGUCGCGUGCCACUGCGUCGUCGGGGUUUGUUCUGCUGACAUUGAAUGCUGCGGGACGGGCUCUCAGCAUGGUACGGAUAUCUCUGUUCAUCCAGGGUUUUGGUUGAGGUAUGUCCGCAUUGUUAUUGUGGGUGCAACAUCAUCAACACAUGUCCUAAUUAAGCCUGUGACAGAUCGAUUUAGCCCAAGCAUUCUCAGGGAUAGUUAGUUGAUUGACUAUAUAAAAUCCCAUAGAGAGAGGGCAGGGCAGUCCUUAGUGGCAUAAAACAGUACUGCAGGUCAUUAUGAGAAACUUGGAAUGAGAGUUGAGCACUCACACACUUCCUGUCACACACACGUCCUGUGUUUGCAAUGUUUGAACCUCAUAGAGAGAGAUGCAUGGAGAAAACAGAGAAGCCCAUGCAGCGCCUAGUCAACUGUGCCCAAUAUAUUGUGUGUAUAUCCGUUUCUACUCGUGUGUGUGUGUGUGUGUGUGUGUGUGUGUGUGUGUGUGUGGGGUUGGGGCGUACAUGCGCGUAUGUGUGUGUUGUGUCAUCUGCUACAGGACGUGAUGGGUGACAGAACAUGGAAAUACAUAAUGUUUAAUUCAACUUGUGACAAGGCUUGAAUGGCUGAGCGGGACACACGACUCUACGCUUCAGUCUUACAGACUAACUCAUAUUUACAUUAACAUUAUUCUUCCUGACUGUCUGUCAACAAGCGUGACUCAUUUGACAUGGUAAACUCUGUCAACUUCUGACAGCAGAGUGGCAGCUCUGUGUUGUAGCAUAACAUUUUCUGAUGCAAACAUAGCCACUGACGCAAACACACAAACUUCAAUGUGAGUUAAACAAAGUUGGAGAAAUGUAGUUGAAAGACGCCUCAAUGUCAACUCACAGACAGCGAUGCACAGACACACACGCACACACACGUACAAACAGAAGCUCAUCUGCACAGUAUAGUAAUGGGAGUUGAGUGUGCAAACAAAGAGGCGGUGGUAAGGCAAUGAGCUGCUCCCUGAGUCAACAGACUGGGAGAAUGAAUAUGGAAUGCUCAUUAAGAAGAGAGGGAGAGAAGUGAAUAGUGAAUUAGAGAGCACCUCGGGUGGAUGAACAUGAACGCGAUGGAACUUCAGAUGAUACCGUAAACAACACUUCCAUUUUCUAUUAAUGUGUCUGGUUGUCUGUCUGGCUGGCUGCCUCGCUGGCUGAUUGCUUGUAUGCUGCUGGUAUAUGUGUAUGUGAGUACUUCAUCGCUAUCCUUGCACAGGCACUAUAUUGGUUACUAUCUUGCUGAGAUUACUGCUAUUGUGCGCACGCAAAGCCUGAGAGAAAGUGAGGAAUCGACAAAAAAAUAGGGCGGGAGAGAGAGACGAGAAAGAAAAAGACUCGAGAGCUAUCAAGAGAGGACGCGAGCGAGAGCGGUACGCAGGAGAGAGCGAUACACUGAGAGACGAGAUCGAGAGAGAGAGAGUCAGAGAAGAGAGAUCGAAUAGCUCUAUCUCUGCUCCUUCUCCUAUAUAAUCUCUCUCUCUCUCUUCUCUCUACUCUCUCUUCUCUCUCUCUCUCUCUCUCUCUGCAUGAGAAGCGUUAUAGCGUCUCUCGACGCAGCCAACGCCCGUCUGAUGAGUGCCCUGACCCAGCUGAAGGAGCGUUACAGCAUGCAGACCCGUAAUGGCAUCUCCCCUACCAAUACCACCAAGCUCCAGAUCACUGAGAACGGAGAGUUCAGGAACAGCAGCAACUGCUAG